GUUUUUUACUACUCCUGCUGGAGCACAUUAUGAUAGGGCACGGAUACUACGCCUAUAUACAUGUAGCGAUGAUUACUUACUUAAGGACUCUGAUAGUACGCGACUUGCAAUUGACUUGCAAACGAUGUUUUCAUGCCGUAUAUAUGACGAGAUGAGUCUCCAGAAGCCACCGACGCGACGCGAGUUAAUUGACGCGUCUUAUACUUUGACCACGAUGGUGUCUGCAAACGACGUUCAGCGUCUCUUUCUCCAAGGUGUAUUUUCACGCAGCAUACUUUCCUUCAAACACGCUCAGGUUCUCUGGGAGAAAUGUAUCGAUACUGUCAAAGCUGCAAACCCGACAUUGGACAUUCGUUUUUCUGACAGAAGAGAGGACUGGGAUCUCUUUGUUAUCAGUAUCAAUAAUUCUCUCAAUUGUCUGGACCUUGAAUUUCGGCAUCUAACAGAUGAACAGACUGGCCGAGAGAUGUAUGCUAUGGUGAACAGUAAGGAUGAUGAAAUCGCACAGAUGGCUACAGAUUACAUGCCAGUUGAAAUCGCUUACUUCAAGGCAGUCGUAGAGCAAAUCAUGCUCGCCCCGCAUGAGGCGUACUCUGUAUCCUCAUUGCUCGCCCUACGCGAAGUUAACUCUCUCAAAACAACCAUGACGAAAGCGCAAGCCGAAAUCGUGCUCGGUAGUUUUGUCGCUAAGGGGUGGUUGCUAAAGAGCAGACGAGGCCGCUAUUCCCUCUCAACGCGCACAUUGCUGGAACUUCUUCCAUACCUCAAAAGCUCAUAUCCCGAGGAUUGUCUCGAAUGCAUCAUAUGCUACGAGAUCGUUACCCGUGGCGUGGCCUGCAGCACGCCGAAUUGCAAGGCACGUUUGCACUACCACUGUUGUAAGAAGUAUCGCAGUCGGAAUGCCAAGUGCCCAGCUUGUUCGCAAGAUUGGCUACAGGACCUCAAAAACAUGACCCCUGUCGGUGAGGAAGCAAUCAAGGAUGGUCAAGACGAAGGACGCCGUGUGCGGAGGAAAAGUCCUGAGGAUGGAAGUGAUGAGGAAGACGAAGAAGAGAUGGAAGUAGAACCUUCGCAACCGUCACAGACGCAAACUCAGUCACAGCGAAAAGGUAAGGGCAAGAGCAAGGGCAGAGGAAAACCACCUGUAGAUAUGGAUGUGGACGAGGAUGAAGACGAAGAAGACGAAGAAGCCCCACAGCAGACACAAAGAAACGGGCGCCGUCGCACGACGCGCAUUCGGUGAUUUCACAAGUAUUGUUUAUUACACUCUAUACUAGCCUAGAUCUGUACUAUUGCUCUAUUGAUGAUUGGCUUGGAUGUGGUGUGCAGUUGGCCGUCACCCGCCCUUCCUCUUGUGUCGGUGUGGUCUUGUUGAUGAAACCGAACCUGCCCUUCCCCCAAACUUGGUAUCGCUUCUUGUCUUU